AGGUGAGUUUUUUAUUAUUUCAAAAUAUUAUACCAAUAAAUUUAUUAGAAAAAUAAACAAUGUUAGCAACUGGACCCGAAUUUUGAAAUUUAUAAAGUAGAGGGACUAAAUUCCUAAAAAUAAAAAUAUAAAAAUUAAAUUUUAUAUUUAUAAAAAAGUACAUAAACUUAUGACAUAUUUUAACUCAUUUUUAUGUCAUUUCCCCUUUUUAUGGUAAAAGAGAAUAAGUUGCUUAGUCAAAAGAACAUAACUACUGAUGAUUGAAGCAAGGGGGUGGGGGGGUUGAUAGAAUGCAUGUUUAUAGCUCACAUGGAAAGUAGUAACAAACAUGAGAUUGUGAUCUCAUUUUUUUUCAUCAAGUUUUCUAAUUUAGAUUUAUUGAACGUGGGAUGUUAUAAGAAUUACUUGAAACAAGUUUCGAUUUUAAAAUGAAAUUAUUAUGAGUUAUGAUUAAGUUAGAAGAGUUAUAAGUCGUUUCGGAAUAUUUUUUAUUUAUUUAUAAAAGUAGGUUCAAACUUUAAUUUUUAGAAAACACGAGUUCUUAAUUUUUGAUUCUCAACUUGAGGAUGUUAUAUUUUAGAUUUAUUGAAUGUCACGAUUUAAAGAUGAUUAUAUGAAUGGUUAGAAUUAAGUUUGGGUUUUGAGAUGAGAUUCUUAUGAUAGAAAUAUUUUUUAAAAAUUAAAUCACAUGAAACUAAAAGUAUAAGGACAAAAACGAUAAUUUCACCAAAACAUUGUGAAAAAAGAAGGGUAAACUACAUUAGUAGUCAUCCAACUAUGAAAAGUUACACAAACUAGUCACUCAGCUAUUGAAUUGUCUUUUUUGGUCAUCCAUUCGCUAUGUAAAAAAGAAAAACCCCAAAAUCCAAGAUUGUUAGGUGACCAAAAAAAUUGAAUAGUUGAGUGACCAUUUUGUAACUUUUCAUGGUUGGUGACUAAAAAAGGAAAAAAAACCAUAGCUGGGUGACCAUGUUGUAACUACUCAUAGUUGAGUGACCAAAAAAGAAAAAAAUCAUAGUUGGGUGACUAUCAGUGUAGUUUACCCAAAACAAAUUCUUUAUAAAAAAAAAAAAAAAGAUCACCAUUUUUGAAAGGUCCACUCUCGCGCUUCUUUACUUGCGCAAAAACAUAGCUGCUUUUCUUCUUCGUUGUUCGUUAAUCAUUUGGGUACAUCGCCAAAGAAUUUCAACUCCAGAGCCACAGAUCCUGUUCUUCUUUUUGCUGAUAUUUUAGAUUCUCCAGGUUAUGGCACACCCUGAGCCUCAAUAUGUGCAAAGGGGAAAGGUACCAAUGGAUCCUCCUCAGAGAAAGCCCCGGAUUCUACUUGGUGCUUGCGGAUGUGUAGCUGCUGUACAAUUUGCAAGUAUUUGUCAUUGUUUCUGUGAAUGGGCAGAAGUAAAAGCCGUUGCGACACCAGCCUCUUUACAUUUCAUCGAUAUAGAAUCACUUCCUGACAAUGUAGACCUUUACACCGACAGGCAUGAAUGGUCCUGUUGGGAAAAACUAGGUGACAAUGUGCUUCACAUCGAACUUUAUCGAUGGGCUGAUCUUAUGGUCAUUGCCCCGUUAUCCGCAAACACACUUGCUAAGAUUGCUGGUGGAAUAUGUGACAACUUGUUAACAUGUAUUGUACGAGCUUGGGACUACAGCAAACCAAUGUUUAUCGCUCCAGGUAUGAACACUUUCACAUGGAGAAACCCUUUCACGGAAAAACAUCUAAUGUUGGUCGAUGAACUUGGAGUUUCUUUCAUCCCCGGCGAUGAUGCAAUGGCAGAACCUACUGAAAUCCAUUCAACCGUAAGACUAUACUUGGAGUCUCGGCCUCUACCAGAUUGAAAAGCCGGUCGGUCGAUUUUCCAACCUGAAUAACAAUACUACAAUUUUUGUGUGUUGUAAACCAUUGAUUCUGUGCAUUGAGUGCACCUUUUGUUAGCCAUUUUUACCAUUGAUUACUGUACAUUUAUACCUCCAUUUUUUGAGCUUUGCAUAUCAUGAAGAAUGGUACUUGAAACAUUAUUGCUCUUACAAGCUGAUGAUAUUGAGGAGUUAAAGAAACAGUAGCACAUUGCUAAAAGCUAAAUUUCA